AUGAGUACCGCCACCAAACCCGACGACAAAGCGGUGGAUAUUCCGGAGAAGUUGUAUGAUGCCGCCACCAAACGAACGUACAGGAGAAUGCGAUUCUUCGGAAAGGGUGGCUUUGCGAAAUGCUACGAGAUAGUGGAUGUGGCCACCAACGAGGUGUUUGCCGGCAAGAUCGUCUCGAAGAAGCUGAUGAUGAAGCACAACCAGAAGGAGAAGAUGACACAAGAAAUAACGAUCCACCGCUCGUUGAACCACAAAAACAUUGUUGGUUUUCAUAGCUUCUUCGACGAUCCGCUCAACAUAUACAUUGUGCUGGAGUUGUGCAAAAAACGGUCGAUGAUGGAACUCCACAAACGGCGAAAAAUCAUCACGGACUACGAGUGCCGGUACUACAUGCACCAGGUGAUGACGGGCGUGAAAUACCUGCACGAUAAGCACAUCAUCCAUCGGGAUCUGAAACUGGGCAACCUCUUCCUUAAUGAUGAACUGCACGUUAAGAUCGGCGACUUUGGGCUGGCGACAAAAAUCGAGUUCGAAGGCGAGCGGAAAAAGACGCUUUGCGGCACGCCCAAUUACAUUGCACCGGAAAUUCUAAACAAGAAAGGCCACAGCUACGAAGUGGACAUUUGGUCGAUCGGUUGCGUGAUGUACACGCUGCUCGUCGGCCAACCGCCGUUCGAAACCAAGAGUUUGAAGGAUACGUACAAUAGAAUUCGCAAAUGUGACUACCGGAUGCCGCCUACCUUGCGUAACAGUGCAGCCGAAAUGAUUUGUGCCAUGCUGCAGUCGGACCCAGUGAAGCGGCCCCGCAUUCACAAGCUGUUUGAGUAUGAGUUUCUGUCCGCCAGUCACAUUCCUAGCUCGCUGCCAAUUUCCUGUCUCACGAUGGCGCCUCGAGCGGAUCAGCUGGAGCAAGUGGACCGUAUGAGCCGCAAACCGCUGUCUGAGAAGAAUGGUGCUGGAGACGAUACACGGUUCGAAUCGUCUUUCCUGAAGAACAACCUACACGAUGCCAUCACUGCUAGUGGUAUGAUUUCCCGUCACAAUGACACGUAUCGGGUGGACAUUGAAACGCUGCACCGGGAAUUAACGAAGCUAUUCCUGGCAAAACCGCCCCGGCUAGCGAGCAACUUGGACGAUGAAAACACUGAUCCGGCGGUCCAGCCACUAUUUUGGGUUUCGAAAUGGGUGGAUUACAGCGACAAAUACGGCUUCGGAUACCAGCUCAGCGAUGAAGGAAUGGGCGUGAUGUUCAAUGACACCACCAAGCUGAUCAUGCUUGCCAAUGGACACAACGUUCACUUUAUCGAUAAGGAAGGUCAAGAGUCGUACUGGGAUGUGAACAAUUUCCCGAUGGAACUGGAGAAAAAGAUGAAGCUACUUACGUACUUCAAACGAUAUAUGAUGGAACACUUGGUUAAAGCCGGAGCAGGCGUGAUGAACGUCGAAAGCGAUCAAAUAUCUCGUAUUCCGCACAUGCACACCUGGUUUCGGACCAUGUGCGCGGUUGUCAUGCAUCUUACGAAUGGCACUGUACAACUUAACUUUUCCGAUCAUCAAAAAAUCAUCCUCUGUCCGUUGAUGCGUGCCGUGACGUUGAUGGAUAAUAACAAAAACUUCCGGACUUACCGCUUCCAGACUAUCAUCGAGCAGGGUUGCUCGAAUGAUCUUUAUACAAAGAUUCGGUACGCCCACGAGAAGAUUAAGAAGCUGCUGGAAAAAUUGUCCUAA